AUGGCGUCGAUGUUCAAGCCUUCAAUGCGCAUAGCAGAAUCAGACAUCUGUCGCCAAUGCCUCCGCCUUCAAACCCGCCGCAACUUGUUCUCCAUCUCGACACAGAACCCGAAGUCUGAGAUCCGGUCAAGACCGCUCAAUGCGUCGACAGCAGUGCAAUCAUCGCGUACUACUCAGCCUUCGCCCCGGUUUGCGAAGAGCAAUGCCCGGCCCUUCUCCUCCACGCACCCCUCUCGCGCCUACAAGACCGUCGAAGAGGCGAAGACCCGAUACAAGUUGGGACCCUUCUCAUGGCAAGCAGGCGCCCUCUUCCUCCUCGCCGGCGCCGGCCUGACCAUCUACUUCCGCUACGAAAAAGCCCGCAUGGCCCGCGCCCGCGUUGCCGAAGCCAACAAGGGCGUCGGUAGACCCCUCGUCGGCGGCCCCUUCCACCUCACCGACAUGCACGGCCGCGAGUUCACCGAGAAGGAUCUGAAGGGCAAAUACUCGCUCGUCUACUUCGGCUUCACCCACUGCCCGGACAUCUGCCCCGAGGAGCUGGACAAGAUGGCCGGCAUGAUCGAUAAUGUGCGGGAGAAGUACGGGGAUGUGUUGAAGCCGGUCUUCAUCAGCUGUGACCCCGCGAGGGAUACGCCAGAGGUUAUGAGGCGGUAUUUGGCGGAUUUCCAUAAGGAUAUUCUGGGUAUGACGGGGACGUGGCAGGAGGUCAAGGAUGUGUGUCGGGCGUACAGGGUGUACUUUUCUACGCCGCCGGAUGUGAAGCCGGGACAGGACUAUUUGGUGGAUCACAGUAUCUACUUCUAUUUGAUGGAUCCGGAGGGUGACUUCGUGGAGGCGAUUGGGAGGAACUUCACGGUGGAUGCGGCAUCGAGGGUGAUUGGGGACCAUGUUGCGGACUGGAAGGGCAGGAUUGAGAAGUGA